AUGACCACUAACGACACCCACCCCGACGACUACCCCGACUACCCCUUCGCCAACGAGACCUCCGACUGCCCCGCCAACGGAAGCGACGAGGCGAGCGAAUGGUGCGAGGAAUACGACCUGCCGGUCUUCCGCUACUCCCUCCCCGUCACCGUGCUCUACUGCGUCGCCUACGUGGUCGUGUCGCUCAUGGGCGUGGUGGGCAACAGCUUCGUGGUGGCGGUGGUCGUGCGGGCGCCCAGGAUGCGGACGGUGACCAACGUCUUCAUCGCUAACCUCGCCGUCGCUGACCUGCUCGUGAACAUCAUCGUCCUGCCGACCACGCUGAUCGCCAACACGCUUAGCGCCUGGGUCCUCGGUCUCUUCAUCUGCAAAGCCGUCACCUACCUACAAGGGGUCAGCGUCUCAGCCUCUAUCAACACCCUCGUGGCCAUUUCAGUGGACCGUGCCCUUGCUAUCUGCUACCCUAUGAAGUGCCAGAUCACCUCUCGCACCUGCCGUAGCAUCAUCGUCGUCAUCUGGGCGUUUUCACUGACCAUCACGCUGCCUUGGGCCAUCUUCUUCACACUACACCCCAUCCCUGAUACAGAUAUCAUGGUUUGCACAGAGAAUUGGCCUGACAAACAAAGCGAGGGACUGUACUUUGUGCUGGCCAACCUUGUUAUGUGCUAUCUGCUUCCUCUCACUGUCAUUUCCAUCUGCUACAUUCUUAUUUGGAUGAAGGUGUGGCGUCGGAAGCUGCCCGGAGAGAGGCAGGACGUGGGCGUGGCUAUGAUGAUGCAAAGGUGCAAGAUAAAAGUCAUCAAGAUGCUUCUGGUGGUCGUCAUCCUCUUUGCACUAUCUUGGCUCCCGCUUUACGUCAUCUUUGCCCGUCUCAAGCUGGGAUCAGAACCGUCGUUAACAGAGGAGCGAAUCAUUCACGUUCUGGCGCCGUUCGCUCAGUGGCUCGGAGCUUCGAACUCGUGCAUCAACCCAAUGCUGUACGCUUUCUUCAACGACAAGUUCCGAGCUGGCUUCAAGGUGAGGAUUCGAGUUGAGAUUCGUGUUGGGGUUCGUGUUCUUAGUAAGCUCCUUAGAGAGUUGGUGGAGUCCUUGGGAUUAGGAUAUAUACUCAGGAUGUAG